AGUACCUAUCGAUUUUUUUGUACUAUUCAAAAAAAUACUAGUUUCAAAUUUAUUUGUUAUUUAAUUUAAUUGAUUAAUUGAAGGAUUUAUUAGAAAUACGAGGGAAGCCUAAAUUAUUAUUUAUUUCACUGAUAAGUCUAAGAGGGAAGGUACAAUUCAGUCAGGUAUCUCUAUUAAAUUAUCAAUUUUUUUGUCGUGAUUUUUUUUUUAAUAUUCAGAUUUAUUGGCAAGAUAAUGUUGAAAGAUCAGUUUUAAUUGUAUCAACAUUCAUAAUUAGAGUAGGCUGUUGGUCGAUAUAAUAGAAAAAAUGAAUUUUGCGAAGAAGGUAGUUCUUAUAACAGGAGCUUCUUCUGGAAUAGGCGCGGCGACCGCUGUGAAGUUCAGCAGGCUGGGCGGCCUGCUCGCCCUGACAGGGAGGAACGAGAAGAACUUGGCGAAAGUCGCCGACAAGUGCAAGGAGGCGUCCGGCUGCCGGCCUUUCGUUGUGGCAGGCUCUCUCGACUCCGAAAAAGACACCGAGAGGAUUUUCUCAUCCACUAUGAAGUGCUACGACAAGCUAGACGUACUCGUCAAUAACGCAGGGAUAGUUGAGCUUGGCAGCAUCGAGAAUACAUCGCUCGAACAGUAUGACAGGGUUUUCAGGACGAACGUCAGGUCGAUGUACCACCUGACCAUGCUAUCCGUACCACAACUAGUCAAGACAAAAGGUAACAUUGUAAACGUCUCAAGCGUCAAUGGUUUGAGAUCGUUCGCAGGAGUCCUUGCUUAUAAUAUGUCGAAAUCGGCUGUCGAUCAGUUCACAAGGUGUGUCGCUUUAGAACUAGCACCGAAGGGAGUACGCGUCAACUCGGUCAACCCCGGCGUCGUAGUGACAGAACUGCAAAAGCGAGGAGGUCUAGAUGAAGAACAAUAUAAAAAAUUCUUAGAAAGGUCUAAAGAGACGCACGCAUUGGGACGGCCAGGCCAACCGGAUGAAGUUGCUGAUGGGAUAGUAUUCCUGGCAAGCGAUCAGGCGAGUUUUAUCACUGCGACACAUCUGUCAAUUGAUGGAGGAAGACACGCCUUAUGCCCAAGAUAAUAAUAAUAAUAAACAAUCCACAUAAAAUAAGAUUAUUUUGUCUAUAUUUAAGCUAUUGUAAUAAACAUACUUAUUAUUCUCUUUAUUUUUUUUUUUAAUAGAAAUUAUAAAUUGUCGGAACCAUCAUGAUCAAUCCUG